AGAUAGAGCCGUCAACAUGUCCUGUUGUGCUGUUGGUUGCAAAAACCGUUUUGAUAGUAACAACAAAACGCGCAAGUUUUACCGGAUACCGGCGUCUAGUAACCCGUUCAAGGAGAAGAAAAGACGUCUUUGGUUGAAAGCCAUCGGGAGGAAGGAUUGGCCUGAGGGGAUGAUAAAAAAUGCAAAACUCUGCAGCGAUCACUUCAUAUCAGGUAAACCUUACUACUCAGCAUAAACACAAUAAUAUAGAACAUUUAUACAAAUAUAUAAAGUGUAAAUAAUGAACCAUUGUAAACAAUAGAUACAUCACUCAAAAUUAAGUAUAACUAUCUGUCAAUCCUCUGUAUCCUGGUUCAGGUUUUGAAGUUGAUUUGGUUAAUUAUCAUCACUGUAAGUCACUUAAAUUCACUUUAUUUCUACAGGACAGGCAUCUGAUGACCUCCACAGUCCUGACUUUGUCCCGUCUAUCUUCCCCAAAACAAACGAGCGGUAAGUAUGAUCACUUCUGUGUGAUUUGUUGUUGUCUGAUCAAUCAGUUUGAUUCCACAUAAUAUGAGUGAAAGUGUAAGGAAGAAAUGUUGAGUGAUUUCCGCUGCCCGCCUGCUCACCCACACCCACUCCCCAGAACACAUCACCCCUGUCCUCCAGAAACUGCACUGGUUCCACAUCUCAUACCGCAUACAAUUCAAAAUCCUCCUGCUCUUAACAACCCGGCCCCCACCCACCUCACAGACCUGCUCCACCGCUACACCCCCUCCCUCCCGUGCCCUCCCAUCCUCAGAGGGAAAUCUCCUUGCCCGACCUCCUCGGACCAAGCACCGAACUUGGAGGGACAGAGCCUUCUCCGCUGCUGCCCCCGCCCUCUAGAAUUCACUCCCAUAACCCAUCAGAGACUGUACAGACCCCCAUACUUCCACAUCACUCCUAAAAACACACUGUUUUAAAUCGGCUUUUAACCUGUGAACUGUUCUUUUAUUGUCUUUUCAUAUUGUGUAUUUUUUUACCUUCUACACUGUUGGUCUUAUUACUCAAAAUUUUCUGCAUUUUAAAUGGUGUUUUUUAUUGUAAAGCGUCUUUGAGCACCCAAAAGCACCCAAAAAUCAUCAUCAUUAUUAUUAUUUAUUUAUUAUUUUUUUUUAAAUGGUUGCUCUCUCCUGUGUGUUUCAGACGUAAGAGAAGAAGACAGUCCACAUCUACUUCCUACUCCAUGAAUAAUUGUGGAAGAAAGCCUGGUGCUGAUUUUUGUUCUGGUAAGAACCUGUAACACGUAUAAAGGAAAGUACGACUGUUUACACCAAAACUAGCAGCCUCUUAGGCCAUGACUUUUCCUAAGUAUGAAUGUUUUUUAUAUUUUUCUAAAUGUUAACAUCUCAAUUAUUGUCGAGUUGCACAGUCACGAAUAGGAGUAAUAAGGUUGUCGUGUUAUUUUUGAUGUUAAUUAAUAUUUGCCCAUGAUUAUGUUUGGCGCAGCCUGAAUGAUCAUCCAGAUUGUAACAGUUUAUUUUCACUCUGCUUACUGUUUAUAUGCAUACUAUUUUACUAUUUUGUGUUGCUAUAGUGUACAUACUUGUAUAUUAUCUCUUCAUUUUGACUUAUUUUGACUUAUUUUAUCUAUUAUUUAUCUCCUCUUUCUACUUUAUUUGCACUGGAGUAACUGUAACUAAAAGCAGUUUCCCCCUGGGGAUUAUUAAAGUAUUUCUGAUUCUGAUAUGAAAGUAGGAUGUUGAAACUUCUAUUGUCUGAUUUCUUUUUCAGUAGCUAGGGUCCUGAACGCUGCCCACGAUGACCUCAAACAGAGGUACAGCCAACUUCAUACCGAUGUAUGUCCUCGCACAUGGCAACAAGUAUGUGACUCAAUGCUGUGAAUUUUUCCAUAGAGUGUAAGCAAACAACUGAGAUGCACUAUUCAAGGUAGCCUUUGUUACAACAGUCAUACACCACUGCUGUUUUCACAUGAAGGGGUUUGUUUCAUAUUCAAUUACAGUUAUUUCUUAUUUUAUUUGUUUGUUUCCAGUUAAUCAGUGAUCAUACAUUUUAGACAUGAAUACGUUAAUUUAUCCAUUUAGUGUUAAUAGUGAGUACAAACAGUGUGAGUGCAUGUGACUGUAGAAAAUCAGCCUCACAUAUGAUAUGGAAACGUACUGUGGUGGAGGUCACCGGUUAACAUGGCUUCUUAUUAAACCAGCUGCUCUGCUCUCCCUCAAUACUGGGUGAAUUUCACACAAACAGGAAAAUAGGGCCUCGGUUUAAAAACAUAAAGUUGUUUAUGAGAUAUGAGUUGAAAAAAGUAAGAAAAAAUGUUAAAAAGUGAUUAUUUUAUGAACACUUAUCUGCAUGUCCGUUUUGGGGACAAAGUAGGCUGGAUGGAGCUUAAAAUGAACAGGAACAGAGGGGUAAAUAAUAAUAAUAAUAAUAAUUAUUAUUAUUAUUAGAAGUAGUAGUAGUAUUAUUAUUGACUCAGGCGCUACAUGGCCGAACCAAAUGACACACUGAAAAGUUUACAAAGCGAAAUUAAACAAUAACCUUUCCACUUCUUUGCUCGUCUUCUCGCCGUCGUCUUCUGUGCCUAGAUGGUAAAACACCGGUGUGUCAUCAUUAUUGGUCCCCAGCAGCUCACUUCUGUUGUGGCUUUUUUUUUUUUUUGCAUUCUUUUAUUUUCACACCAAGAAACUUUUUUUUUUUAUCUAUCGCCACUUUGUUUUGCGUCAUUGACUUCCGUUCUGCCUUUUUUAUUUGCAUCCUUUUAUUUUUAUAGUAAGUUACUUUUUUUUCCAUCCCCACUUUGUUUUUUGCUUAGUUAACUUCUUAACUUCUGUUGUGUUUUUUUUUAAAUCUGUUUGUUUCUUUUUUUUCCAUUUUGCCCUUUUUUUUAAAUCUCAACUGUGUCUUUUUUUUGCAGCGGGCUUCAGUUUCUUUUUCUUUUUUUUUGCGUCGUAAACUUCCGUUGUGACUUCUUUUUUUUUUUUGCUUUAUUUCUUAUCUGCAGCAGUGGCAGUUCUCGGCCACAGUAUGCCUCCUGAAUAAACCCUGCUGUGACCCUGAACACUCUUACUGUAUUUCCUGUUAGCUCUAUUCUCAGCUCUGUAACUUCCUUCUUCUAUUAUUACUUUAUGUUGUUUUGAGCUUGCUGCUCAUCUCCUGUGUGUUUGUGUAGCGUUUAUAUGCAGUACACUGUCUACAACAGAGGGGGCGUCAGCGAGCCGAUCGAGAAUGAUAACCGCCUUACAGUAAACGAAAGAAGAAGAAGAGCGCUCUCCAGAAAACGAGAGUUGAUGCAAAGCAUGCAACAAGGUUCAAUUAAAACGCAUUUUUCCGCUCUUAAAGUCUCGUUCAUAGACGAAAACAUCAUUUGACAAACUCCUAAAUUUAAGAUUUCGGAGCAAACAUGGCGGCUACGGAAAGAGACGAUGGACAGUUGAGUGUGAGCACCAAUCAAGUCCCUGGCGCGGUAAUUUUCUGCACGUUGUUACGCCUCUGUGUGCAAAGCUUAUAACAUGUUUAUGAACCCACUCUGGAAUAUCUGGAGUGUUCUCAAACUGGGGGUUUAUGUUAGGGACAUAUUUGUUAGUCAAAAGUGUCGGUUUUAAGGAUAAACGGUUACAAUUAGCCGGUUAGCAGGCUAACAUGCAGGAGUGCAGAUGUACAGCACGUUAGCAUUAGCGGUGAAUUAGGGCGUUUAUUCGUCUCUUUUGGGGCUGAUGUGACACAAUAAAAUGAUUUAACUAAAGGGAACAACACUGAUGGGAGAAACUGAACUCGACAUUGUCGAUAAAUUUAGGUUUGGAGCAGUUUGAGAGAGACAGCAGAGCUACAUUUGUUUACAUUGCUAGUUGUGUUAGCAGCUUAGCUCCAAAACAGAGUGAACUCAGACCCUCUCUCUGUUUUUAUACAAAUAUCUGACUGAAGAUUUAGUCCAUGUGCAUGUAAGUAGGACCACUUAAAUAUGCAGUUUUUAUAAAGACAAAAACACUAAAGAAAUAGAGUCUUUUUAAGUGUUUAUUAUGUCAAAGAGUUUGUUUCUGUCAGACUGAACAUCAGUGGACAGUCUGUCAGUUUAUAUCAGGUUAAGGUGAGAAUAACAGUGAAGAAGUUUGAUCACAGAGACCAGAAUUAAUCAUGUCAGGUGUCGAUUUGUUAAUGAGGUUUGAUUAUUUGUGUUUUUUUAGUCUGGUUUGAACUUUCUCACACAGACACAAACUUUACUCUUUUUACAGCCUCGGCCAAAAGUUUGACGAGAAAGACACAAAUAUUAAUUUUCACAAACUCUGCUUCUUCAGGGUUUUUAGAUCUUUUUUUUUCAGAUGUUUCUAUGUUACACAAAAGUACAACUACAACCAUUUUAUAAGAGUCGAUUUGUACGUUUUUGUUUGUCCGCCCACGUCUUGAGGAUUGACCACAAGUUCUCUAAAGCACAAGUGUCAAACUCGAGGCCAAAUCUUGCCCGUGGAACAAUUAAAUCAGGCCCACAAGAUCAUCUCAUAUUGGUAUUAUUAUUGGCCCACCAGUAUGAAGUCUGCAGAUUUCCUCUGGUAUAUAUAUGUAAACUUUAGUACUAUGGCUGGGACCCUAUAUGUACUGUUGAUGAAGUUAGGUGCUGUUCUGAGCAUUAUUUGUGGCUAUAGAGUGGCGUUUUGGUUGAGCCUAACUUAAUUUUACGCCGGAAUAUCCCUUGAAUACUGUGAGAGCUCCACGUGAAGGACGUCACCCUAAAAUCAACACAAUAGUAGGAGGAUCACCUGCAGCAGGACAUGUUUCAGGUGCUCGGGUGAACAGUCAGAAAGACGGAAAUUGUCCAGUUAAUUAUUCACUCAUGAUUCUUCUUCUCCUUGAUAACAACAUGUGCAGGAAAAUCUCCGGCAUCCUGACUGAAAAGUUAAAAAUCAGCGUCAUGGUCGUUACAGGAUGCUAAUUAACUAUUUUCUUCUUCAGGUCAUGGAGGGACUAGACUCAGAGUCCAAGGCAGCUGUCUCACAAUCCGGAGCGUCAGUGUGGGCUGGAGACGGUGGGAUUGUUUACAGAGUCUCUGAUGAUGGAGUGAAGAAGGACUUUGUCGCUAAAGAAGCGACGGCAAGCAAAGAAAUCAAGGAGAAAGAUGCUGAAGCUGGAUCUGAAUCUCUAUCGCUGUCGGCAGAAGAUACAGUCACGAAAGUUUUGGUUCAAGGCGAUGAGCGAGAAAGCUUCUCAGACUCUGAAAAAGAGGUAAAAACAGAGGAGGAAUUUGAGUUGACAGAAGAAAAAGAGGGAGCAGAAGGCAAAGACAUGAAGGAAGGUCCCUCAAGAGCUGAUGUGAGCGUGGGAAGAGAUACGGACAACAGGAAGGAGACAUCAAACACGGAUAAAAAGACGGGUGAAGACGCAGACACACAGCAGGAGGAAAAACCUCUUGGUAGUAGUCUGAGGGUGUCCAGUGUAGACGACCUCGACGAAAUGAUGGACAUUGGGACGGUGGAUCAAGUGGAACAAGAAGCUCAGAUGAAAGAGGAGGAGCAGAACAGUAUGGACGCCGAUAAAAGCCGCUCAGGUAGAAGAAGUUCUGCUCGUCCAAACCCGUAUUUUUAAAUGAAACUGAGUUCAUUGAUAGAAUUGUGUUUUUGACUUUGAAAGUGAACUCUUUAACAGCUUUCCUGUUUACUGCACCGAGCGCGCAGCAGCAGGUUUUAUUAGUCUGCUGAGUCGCAGUUUUAAAACUGUGCAUCAUUUGCUUUUAAGCGACCUCAUUGGUCACCUUUUAACCCUCUCUUUGGACAGCUGCAGAGUUCACAGAGCUGUGUGGGCACAGUGUGAGCUGCAGUAACACAGAGCCAGUCAGAGAUGCACAGAAACAGAGUUACAUGAAUCCGACAUUUCUGGUUAAAUGACAUUUCCUGCUGCUUUAGAAGUACCGCUGCACGCAGUCUCACUAAAUUCUGCUCUUUAAACUUAUCCAGCAGCUUCAGCGGCAGACGAUAGCAGUUUUCCGGAGGAGGAGAGUGAUGUGAAACCAUCCGUGGAGCAAGUAGAGGAUGUGAAAUCGGCUUUGGACUCGUUGCGGUCGAGCUCUUCGCCGUCAUCUGAAGCAGCAACAAGUACAGGUGGGUCACUUUAAAAUCCUGGUUUGUUACGUUCACCUCGAAGCAGGUAACGAGGCCGUGCUUUUCAACUUCCUCUCAUGUUUUCGUAGGAAGAGACAGCUCGUCACCAGCAACCGUGAUGAACGGGAUGAAAGUGGUGAAGAUAUCAGCACCGAGUUUAGACAGUGUAAGUAGAGGUGAUGAAACCUGCUCUGGAUUUAUGUUUGUCAUGUUACAGAUUUGAUUUAAGAGUCCUAACUACACCAGCUUUAACACCUCCCCUCCCUGUUUUAGGAACAGAGUUCUUCCACUCAGAAAGUCCAGACGUCUCCUUCACCUCCUCUGGUGAAGGUGAAGGACGAGCCGGUCGAUGAAGAGUACGAACGGGCCGAGUUAUCGUCUGCCACCACAGCAAGUGUGAAGGAUGAGCCCAACACUGCAAAGGUGAGAAGCACAGAUCUCCUGUCAGGCUUUUUUUUCUUUAGCAAGAAACUAUUUCUGCUAAAAUUCAACAGUUUGGCAUCUUGGUCUAAGCCUGGGUCAGUUAUUGUAAAAACUAAACGGUCUGAUGAAAAAUAAAACGAUUGUGGUUCUGACGAAAACAAAUGCAAACAAAAAAAAUUCAAUUUCUUUUUCAGGACCUCGAGGAGGAUUUGAGGAUCGGUUCGGUUUUCACUGUGACUCCAUCUGCAGAGAGCUCCACCCUGCCGGUCAUCCACCCCCCGGCGCCGCUCAUGUACUGUUCCAACUGUAAAAAGUCCCUCUCUAAGGGACAGACGGCUUAUCAGAGGAAGGGCAACCCGUCGCUCUUCUGCUCCACCGCCUGCCUCACGACUUUUCUGCCCUCGGGCCGAACGAACACCAAGGUCUGCCACAACUGCCAAAAGUGAGUGCAGCUGAAAAAAAACCUUCAAUAAUUAAAUCUUUAGAAAUCACGUUUGAAACGAAGUUUUAUCGGCUCGUCUUUUCUCCUGAUCUCAGGUUAAUAUUCCGGCCUCAGGACGUCAUUCUGGCUCCGGAUAAUAAAGGAGCCAUGAAGGAGUUCUGCAGCCAGCGCUGUCUGACCGCCUUCAACUACAAGAAGCAGAAACUCCACGUCCUGAACUCGAGAAACUCGGCCGACGACAGCGACGCGACACAAACAACGGCCUCACAGUCGCUCUGCAGCGUGUGCUCGAAAUACUGCGUGGUGAGUCGAUAAAAACAUGGCUGUGACUGAAACUGAAGCUUAUUAUUAUAACCAAACCUCUUCUUAGUGUCAUUAAAUAAGUGUAGUUUACCUGUUAUUUAUCUGCUUCUGUAAACUUCAUGUCUUGACGGUAAAACUCACUGAGCUGUUGUCGUCAUCCCCGCUGCAGAGCAAACACGAGGUGAUCCUGAGCGGCUCCAUCCAUAAGAUCUGCAGCGACGCCUGUUUCAACCGCUUCCGCACAAUGAACAACCUCUCCAUGGCCGGCUGUGCGAACUGCGGCUCCUACUGCCACAACAAACCCAUCAUGCUGAAGCUGGAGGACGUCAACAAGACGCUGUGCAACAUAGACUGUCUAAUCAAAUACAAAGAGGUACCGACGGUAGACCGAUCUUUGUUUUUGGCGAGGGUUUAAAAAUGUAACGACACAGUAAAAAACUUGAUUUUCUUUUUGACAGAAAACCAAGAUCACCCAGCCGUGUGCGAUGUGUCGAACCACCCGCCUGCUCUCCGAAAUGGUCGAUAACAAGAACAAAGACGACUCUGUGAACCUCUUCUGUAGCAGCAGCUGUGUGAUGGCGUACAUGGUCCAGACUGUUAGUGCGUCAGGUACGAGUUUUCAUCAUCAUCAUCAUCAUCAGAGAGUUGACGUGAAGACCGAACAGGAAACUGUGGAUUUAAAUGUGUUUUUCUUUCCGUAGGGUCUCGGAUAAAUUGUGAUAACUGUGGCAAAAACACGGUUCCAGCUUAUCACCUGGCCAUGUCCGACACCUCCAUCAGGAACUUCUGCACCCUCCCCUGUGUCAUGGCUUUUCAGGUAACGAGUGAUGAUCCCUCCAUCUGUCUUUCUCCUCGUUUAUUCCUGACUCACAAUCCCUUUUUUUUUUUAUUGCGCCGUUUCAGGAGAAGUUCAAGAAAUCCCAGAAACAGGUGAGCGUCUUCACCAAACUCCCGGUGGGAUCCACACAAAUCCAGUCGGUCGAAACUCCUCAACCUGAGCAGGAAGUCCUGAGAGGGAAACACAGACUGAACUGUAAUCACUGCAACCGCCUCAUCAACUUCAAACCUGAACUCGUCCAGAUUAAGGUGACUCUGAUAGUCUGAGGAUUUACAGCUGUAACUCUGACAUGUCUGAUUGUUGGAUUACUCACUGAACCCGGUUUUGUGUUCUCAGGAUAAGCUGGUGUUUGUGUGCAGCGCCGACUGCGCUCACGAGUUCAAGAAGGCGAACUUUGUGACGAGCUUCUGUGAGUACUGUAAAAUCGAGAAGAUCACCCGAGACGCCAAAAAAAUCAACAACAAAAUCUGCUUCUUCUGCAGCGACGGUGAGGACAUCAGUCUGUGUGUUUGUUUUGAUUCAUCCAUUUAGCUUUUCUUCUUUUUCUUCAGCUUCCUCCUUUUUUUCUUCUCAGGCUGUAAACUCCUCUUUAGACACGACCUGGCCAAAGCUUGGGGGAAACACUGCGGCUCCUGCGUCUACUGCCACUCCAUGUCCAAGAAGCUGGUGACGGCCCAGUACGGGGGCUCGACCGAGGAGUUCUGCUCCGAGGAGUGCAGGUCCAAAUACACCAUGCUCUUCUGCCACGUGAGUGACCCUCUGCUGCUGUUAUUAAAAUCACGGUGACGCUGAAAGGACGGGUACGAUGAGUCGUCUGAUUCCUCUCAGGUUGCAAAGUGCGACACCUGCGGCCGCAAAGGGAAACUAAAGCAGAGUCUGUCCGUGCUCGGGGACGUCCAACACUUCUGCGACCUCGCGUGUCUGCUGCAGUUCUGCGGGGAUUACCUGACCCGGCAGGGAGAGUUCAAAGGUGAGUGUUAUCGAGUGUCAUGUAAGUGUAACAUCUAAAUUCAAAAUGCAAAAGGAGAUAAGGACCCCAGGAAGAAUAGUUACAGCAUAUCUUAAUAAAUUAAAUCAAAUUCAGGUUUUAUUUGUGGGUUUAUUUAAGAUUUUUCAUUAAAUUGUUCUGAUUUAUUAGUUUCACUUUCAUGCUGUGAUUUCUGGUGUUGCAGUGACAGAGGAGGACACGCCUGUCAUCGCCAACGUCAUGUCUCUUGCAGGUGAUCUAUCAAAUCACAGCAAAAUACACAAACACACACGUUAGAGAUACCCUCAUUUAAAGUUAUUCAGACCGUUACCCACAAUUUCCACCGCAUCCGGAACGGCUAGAAAAGGCUGCGUCCACCGAUCGUAGCUGAUCAUAACCGUCCGAGUUAAUGUGUCAAUUUCCACUGGCUUCUUUCCGUUCCGCUGCAGAUCGCCGGACUCUGCAGCUGAUCGCAAGACUUCUAUUUUUUCCGGAUGCUGGAGCAUGUCGGAUAAAUUCAGCACAGAUUAACCCGUGUUGGAAAGGAAGUCGGGCACAGACACGAAAUAAAACACUCAGUGUUUCAGGAGGCAAACGGGCGGAGACGAACAAGUGAAAGGUUUUUAGACGUCAUUUCACCCCGAUGACACCAUGGAUGAGGAGAUGCUGAUUCUAGAAGUCUAGAAGUAGAUUUCCUCCUCUGGAAGGACACAAUCUACUGCUUAUAUGGUUAGUCUGUGUGGCUAAGAGACGACUUGUUAUUGCGCGAUUGCACGUGAAUCCGCGGGUUCUUGUGAUUCCUGCUGUUUGUAAUCCGCCACGAAAUUCGCCUCACAAACGGAUCCGGCAGGAAUUGGCGGACGGUGAAAAUCUGAGCUGUUCUGGAUGCGGUGGAAAUUGGGGGUUAGAUUUCGCAGACUUCACCAAAGUAUCUCGACAUUCCUGCUUUAUUAACCGUAAAUUGAGAAGUUCAACAUCCUGUUUGCUUGUUCAGAGAGUUCAAGUGUUUUUGGUGGAGAUUUAAUCCGUUGUUUUUGUCUUCACAGGCAAACCCAACACGAGGAGCUCUGGAAAUGUAAGUCAGUGUUUGAGGUUAAAUGUGUGACGAGUGUCGGCGAGGUAAAGGGACAUAAAUGAGUAAUGUACGAGGCUCUUUCUGUCCUUCAGAUCAGCAUUCAGACGGACAGAGUGAAAGUCAACCCUCCUGCACAGAAAAUCCUGAAGAACAAGGCCCUGCUCUGCAGACCCCUGGUGCAGAACAAAGGGGUCUCCUGUAAAACACAGACCGCUGAUGUUGAAGCACAAACAGGUAAAAUCAACAUGCAGACACUCAAUGACUGUGGAAACAUAGAUGCAAACUUCUGCAGGAGUAACGAGAACAAGUUUGAACUGAGUUGUGAUUUACACCUGAUCUAAGUUUGUAUUUCUAUAUUGAAGGCCUGAGAGGUUUAAGGUUUUUAUAAAGCUACAAGAAAAACUCAUUGAAGACAAAAAACACGAUUUGAUAUGAUUUGGUUUGAGGGAUUAUUUCUGUUUGCACAUUUGAAUCUUUUUUCCUUGUUUUCUUCAUUUCUUUAAUUGUUUCCAUUUUUGUCGGUGUACAGACGACAUCUUUCCGAAGCUCAUGGUUGUGCCUGUCCCGGUGCCGGUCUACGUUCCUGUACCCAUGAACAUGUACAGCCAGUGUACCCCAAAACCAGUCGGCCUGCCUUUACCGGUAGGUGCAGCCACCUCGAUUCACCGGUCAAAACAAAAACUAUCGAUCAUCUUUGUCCAAUAAGUAAAUCCUGUUACAUCAUCCCUCAGCUUCCUGUGCCCAUGUUCCUCCCUGUGACCAUGGACAGCGCCGAACGCAUCGUGGAAACCAUCCAGGAGAUCAAGCAGAAGAUCCCGUCUGACCCCUACGAGGCAGAGCUCAUCCUCAUGGCUGAGAUGGUCGCAGAAGAUACCGAGAAGGACGACAACAAGGAGGAGCAGCGGAAGGAGAAAGUCAAAGUGAAACAAGAAGCGCCUCCCGCACCAGAAGGUAAGAGGAAAGUUCAACCCUCUGUUUAAACGUCUGAGCACAAAGUUUUUACAGUUUUUGAGUUGAAUCUUUUUUUCUAUCAGACCACGCCAGCAACUACAGCGACGACUUGGACACUGAAGACUUGGCCAGUUUCUUAAACAACUGGGAGGACACCUCCUCUGACACGGGUCUCAGGUCUCCCAGUCGACCGUUCGCCAACGAGAAGCUCAACCCAAUUCUAGACAUUCCCGUCGGCAUGCCCAGUGAGCCGUACUCCGAGCCGCCGCCAGCUGCUCCGCCUCCCAUGGACGUGGAAGCUGACUUCAGUGUCGGUGAGGACAAGGGAUGUAGAAAACGCUGAGUUCAUCAAGGAUUUUCACGGGUUUUCUGAAAGGUUUUUUUUUUUUAUUGUGUUACCCUUUAGAUACUCUGGAGAGGAUGGCCCGUCUGAGAGAGCAGGCGCAACGAUCCCCAAGCCCUGCGCCUGCGACUUCAAGACGGCGACAAGUUCCCCGGAAAGCCAGAGAGAAAAGGGUAAAAGGAAGAUUGAGAGAAGGAGGAUCUUCAUAUUUCGUACCACGUGGUGAAAAAAGGGGAGAUGUUUGCACAAUUUUGUCUCACCUGGAUUAUAUCUUCUCUACUUUCUCUCAGGGUCGUAAACCACAGCGGUCAGCUAAAGCGGCAGAGACGGCAUCUAAAAAAGGCUCCUCGAACAAAACGGCGGUAGAGAUCCCGAAACUGAAGAGUCAGUACGGAGUUGAAGCCUGGAAGCGGUGGAUCCAGUGGAGGCAGACUCAACCAAACCUGGAGAAGCCACGAUUUGGAGGUGAGACUUGGUGGUCAGCGGAUAAACCGAUCUCAGCUUGAACAAAGAUCUCGAGUCCUGUUUUGUAAAACCUCAUGUCGUGGUUUCCAGCUCGUCCCAUAGAGUUAAAGGAGGAUGUUCUUCGAAGCACCACGGCGGAGCUGAGCUACGGCCUCUGCUGCUUCAUCAAGGAAGUGAAACGACCAAACGGAGAGCGGUAUUCCCCCGACAGCCUGUUCUACCUCUGCCUCGGCAUUCAACAGGUAAGAUGUCCUCUUGAGAAACGACCGAGUCCUCGAGGACAGGCGUCUCACUGUGACCUUGUUUCUUUUUGUCCCUGUUUAGUAUCUGUUUGAAAACGGUCGUGUGGAGAACAUCUUCAUGGAUCGUUUCUACAACAAGUUUUCUACUGAGUUCACCACGAUGCUGAGAGGUUUCAAACCCUCAAUCACAGCUAACGGUGAGCUACACUUGUGUUUUCAUUUUCUGUUCUGAUGAUUCUCAUCUACGCUUUCACCGGACGUUUGAAACAAGCAUCUCUCUCUGCAGGUUACGUUCAUUCCCGUGUGGAGGAGGAGUUUCUGUGGGACUGUAAACAGUUGGGGGCGUACUCCCCCAUCGUCCUCCUCAACACUCUGCUCUUUUUCUGCUGUAAAUUCUUCGGCUUCACCACGGUGGAGCAACAUCGUCAGCUGUCUUUCGCUCACGUCAUGCGAUGCACCAAAACCAACCCAAACAACACCAAGACCACUUUCCUGCGCUUCUACCCUCCGAUAUCGAUAAAUGAAGCAGAGUCAGGUAUGAGUCCGGCUGACACUCGAAGUUAAACACUUAGAAGGUUUUUUCUGUAUUACAAAUUCCUGUAAAAAGUCACUCUUGGAGAUGCAGUGAAUUUUUGUCAACUUAAAGCUCCGAUAGAGUGAUUUCUUUAGGCUGAAGCUUGUAGGAAAAGAGGGUGGAGACAUCCUCCUCUGUUGGAGUCUCACAGAUCAGCAGAGUUAAAGGGAUAUUCCGGCAUAAAAUUAAUUUAGGGUCAAACACACCGUAACACCCAGUUAGACACCCCCUCAAGAGAUGAAUGUUUCCGACCGCUUACUUCUCUAGUUAUACCAACUUUAGUAACGACCGCAGAAUAGCAAUACAGAGAGCCACGCGCUCAACCAAAACGCCACUCUAUAGCCACAAAUAAUGCUCAGAACAGCACCUAACUUCGCCUUCAACGCGUAAUUUCUUUAGCAAAGAGACUAAACACAACUCACCUACUCUAUUCCAGCAGCAGCUUGUUUGUAGCGAGACCUUCAGCCAGUCCAUUACGGACAACAGCGGGGUUUCACAGCUCAAGGAAGAACAUUUAUGAUCAUUUCUUCAUGGAAAUACAAUCAGACCGAGACGCUAAGACAGAAGAACUACCGCGUCUGCAGUGAAAAUGAUAAAUAUGAUGAUUAUUACUGAAAGAAAAUGAUAAAGAAAUGAUCAUAAAUGUUCUUCCUUGAGCUGCGUCACCUCGCUGUAGUCAAUAGAGUGGCGUUUUGGUUGAAGUUUGUUCAUGGCUCCCCAGACCGCGGUGUAUUCCUAUCUUAAUUUUACGAUGGAACAUCCUUUUAACAUCUUUACCUGCUGAAUAGAUCAACCUGUCCCUCCCCCGCUGUGGGUAACAGGCUAAGAUUUUAAUACAGAUUGAACAAUGCUGAGCACAAACAUGAUAAGAAAGAAUGCAGAAUGUAGCCAAUGCAGCAAAUUUCGUACACAGUUCCUAACUGCCUGUUUAACACUCUUUGUUUUUUAAUUUGUGGCUUCACUUCAGGCAGCCUUGAAUAGUUGUCACAGUGAAAACGGUGUCAGUGUGUUUGUUUUCUGUCUUUUCAGAUCCUGAAGUUCCAUCGAAGAAGCGAAAAGAGGAGGAGAAUAAAGAGGAUAUUCUGGAGAUGAUGGAGAAUACAGAGAACCCUCUCCGCUGUCCUGUCAGACUCUAUGAGUUUUAUCUGUCAAAGUGGUGUGUGUCUCUUCAAGUUUCUGUUUCGUCAUUAUAUUUGACACUAACAUGAGAGUUAUUAUUACACAAUUCUCAUUUCGACUCUAAUUUCAGCUCGGAGUCAGUCAAACAGCGCACCAACCUGUUCUACCUUCACCCCGAGCGCUGUUGUGUCCCGAACAGCCCCUUGUGGUUCUCCUCCAUCCCCCUGGACGACAGCACCUUGGAGGCCAUGCUCAUCCGCGUCCUAACCGUCAGAGAGCUUCACCUCAGGACAAGAAAAGAAAAACCCGACGACCCGCCGUACGUCCCUGACGAAGAAGACGGCGACUCGGAGUGAUGAAAUCAGAAGUGACCUUUUUACCGGCGCAGCAGCUUGUGGUGUUCAUGUAUCUUCAGAUAAAAGUGAAACAUCCUUUCAAACAAGAUCUAAUAAAAAUGUAAAAUACACACUCACAUAAGUACAAAUUACAAAAUACACGUUGUCUGUGUAGGUUGGACUUGGGAACUGAGAUGCAAGAGUUAGCUCAGCGUUCAGUUCGAUUACUACUGGAGACAUAGUUGUCCUUUUUGUGUUUUGUCUGCUGUACGGUUGUUGAACAUGAACACUACUACUUUGUCCUUCCUCAUAUUCUGAUUCCUGAACUUCCUGAAGAAGAAAUCUGAGUUUUGUUGUCCUCCUUCAAAAGAUCUGAAAUGGGAAACGUUCAUUCCUGUUGGAUUCAGUGUUUUAACAUCCAUUCCAGAAGACAACUAAAAAAACAUCAUGAGUUUCCUUUUCAACGAUUGAACAAUCUCAUUAUUUACUGCAAAUACGUCAGUGAAAGAGCAAAUGCGAAUCCCCGGGGCUAUUAUUGUGGAUCCCUGCUCUAUAGAUAGGAAAGUCAUCUGUUCAUCCAUGACCAAACAAGAUCUUUUUUUUCUUAGACAAUCGGGCAAAUUAUGAUUGACGUCUCCCAAGUGUGAUUGAUCAUUUUAGAGGCAGAGCCAGCUUGCGUUCGAGUUGCCUCGGAAGUCAGAUGUCGGAGCUAAAAAUGACGUCACACCUGAGUUACUAGCGUUUCAGUUACCAAGUUGGAAAAAAGCAAAAUCGGAUGGCUACAUGUACGAAAGUUAUUCUAGCGUUUGCCUUAUGUUUGGACAAGGCAAGCGCUAAAAUAACUUUCGUAGAUGUAGCCAUUUUAUUUCGCUUCCGAUUUUGCUUUUUACUGAUUUGAAAUGCUGGUAACUCAGGUGUGACGUCAUUUUCAGCUCGGACCUCUGACUUCUGAGGUAACUCAAUCGCAGCAUUAGUCUAAUCACUUUAAUAGAGUUGUAGUCAUUGGUAUGACAUUUUAUUACUAAACUAUUCUAAUACAUGAUGCGUUUGAUUAUAGCAUCCAUUAUGCCAACGCUGACACUUAAAAAAGUUUGAAUCGCUGUACUGUCUCUUGAGUACCACUAUGAACACAGGAUUACGACAAAAGCAUCCAGGUACCAUUAACUUUCUCCAUUGAGUGCCACUGAGUCAUUCUUUGAAAAUAUAGAUAAAAACUGUCCCUCCAUGUAUAUCUUGUCUAUAUUUACUCCAGUCCUUAGAACUUGGCUGCCAAGGAUCUGAGUAUUUUCUAUGGCUUGUUCAUUUUCUAAUAAAAACAUUUAAAAACA